AUGUGGUGUUAUUAUGGCUGUGCAAUUAUAUGGGUUAUUUUUGGUUUAUACCUGUCUCAAACCGAGGUAUUCUUGAACAAAUUUAUUAGUAAAAUAACCGAGACAAUAUCACUGCGUGAAGAUUCAGAACUAUACAAAGUAUGGAUGUCACCUAUACAUUUGACUUUUACGUGUCAUUUCUUCAAUGUUACCAAUCCCGAUGAAGUGAUGAGUGGAAGUAAUCCAUAUUUCAAUGAAGUUGGUCCAUUUACUUACGAUGAGAUACUCGAGAAACAAAUUAUAGACGUGGACGAUACGAUGGAUGAAAUUACAUAUACAACAAAAUCUACGUACAGUUUUAACAAAGACUUGAGUGUGAAAUUAUCUAAACAUGACAAAAUUACUAUAUUAAAUCCUGCAUACAUUGGUACCAUAUCGAUGCUCUCUGGCUUACCUCCUGAAUUUAUGGAAAAAUAUGGUAAUAACAUACCGAAACUAUUUCCAAACCGUAGUACCAUUUUUCUAAAAGCUAAUCCUAAAGAUCUGCUUUUCAAUGGAAUUAAAAUUUCGUGCAAUUUAAGAAAAUUCCCUGAAUUGGAUUUGAUAUGCAAAACAUUGGGCAGUAAUCCACCACUUGUGUUAAGAGAAACCGACAAGCAAGAUGUUUAUCUACUCAGUAUCUUUCAGAGGAUGAACGCUACUUUUCGUGGGCCAUUUUCUGUUAACAGAGGUGUUAAUGAUAUAACGAAAUUAGGAGAUAUAACAUCUUAUAUGGGAAAAAGAAUACAAACAAUGUGGAACUCUGAAGAUUGUAAUACAGUAAGAGGAACUGACUCGAUCAUUUGGGCACCAUUAAUAAAACCAUUGCCUUUUGUUUCGACGUUUAUACCAGAUUUAUGCAGAACUAUCGAAGCGGAUUAUAAAGAUGAAGUUUCGGUACGAGGUUUAAUUGGCUCACGAUUCGUCAUGAAAGAAAGGACAUGGUUUUUAAACACGUCGCAGUGCUAUUGUUUAUUAGAAAAUAAAAUACCAAAAUGUUUACCACAAGGCUUAAUCGAUGUAUCGGAAUGUCAGAAACUGCCGGUAGUCUUAUCAGAACCACACUUUUUACACGGUGACCCACAGCUGUUAAAGUACGCACGUGGUUUAAACCCUGAUGAAAGGCUGCAUGAAACUUACAUCAUUAUCGAACCAUAUACCGGAACGCCUCUUUCUGGACAGAAAAGGACACAAAUAAAUCUAUAUUUGGAAAAACAGUCAGUAGAGUUGCUUUCAAAUGUCAGCGAGGGAUAUUUUCCGCUUAUGUGGUGCGAAAAUAUGUUAACUUAUGAAUACAAUCUUUCAUUACAUCAUGCUCCAGAUCACUUCAAAAUGUAA